AUGAACAAUCGAGGCCGCAAACAACGAAUUGACGACAUCGGUGGUACAGACGAUGAAUACAUUGAUCGUCUAGAGAAGCGUAUUCAUCAACUUGAGCAGCAGAAUCUCUAUUUACUCCAACAACUUCACGCACGACAUGUCUCAUUGUCCGGUCACGUUGAUAAUGAGGCCAUUGCUUCGACACAGCAAAGACAGGACCCGUCUAUCCAGAUCCGAUUUAUGGACCCCUCGAAACAGGGCGUGAACAAAAAAGUUUGCAACAAUCGAUCAAAGAGUUUUUGGGCUCGAAUACCGAAAACCGAAGAGCAAUGGAAAAAAAGACGAGAAGAAACCCAUACCUUGACGUUGCCCCAGGUUGUGCGUACAUUCUGCGUUCUUGCACGUAUCAACUUCGCAUUCACCCCCAUCGAAAUCAAGAGCAAACCAUCGGGUAACGAUUGCGUUGCGCAGACCCUGAACACCUAUGCGAAACACGUGUUUGAUUUAGAGCUCCGCACCGUCAACAUGAGGCAGAUUUAUAAUUACAGCAUGUUCCUGUUCAACGGCCUGUGCAUUCUUGCGUUAAAGCUCGGCAUGUCUGAGGAAGAAGUAAAUGAAAGUGCAAAGACUUUUUCGCAGGCGCGUCAGGGGAAAUGCAGAGCAAAACCACAGUAUUUUGAACAACUUCGUCGCGAGACGCUUCGCUGGAUAAAGUGGGGAAACAACCUGGAGAAAAAGGGGUUCAGGCAUCGAGCUUGGGAGUUGCUCUAUCAAAAUAUACCUUCAAUCCAUGAUCUUGCCAAAAUUUCGAUUGCUGGAGAGGUCAAGACCUGUGAGCCACCGCCCGACGAGAUACAGGCCCUUUUUCCGUUUAGUGUACCAUUUAUAAUCGCAUAUAUGAUGGGUAAAAAUUGCAGUCUUAGCCAGAUUAAUACUGCCUUUGAGACAAAUUUCGAAAAAGACGAGUAUGAGGAGAAGGUCAAGAUUCUUACCCAAAUGAUGAGUACAGUAUUCAAUAGCAGAGAGGUCAACCCUUUACAAUCUACUUGUCCUUCGCUGUCCUCGCCUACUCUCCCCAUACUGCAUUCAUCCGUUGUUCUCGUUCUGCAAGAUCCUCGGGCCACUUCCUUACGCAAAUGCUCAUUGACAGGAAUAUUUUUUGCCAUCCUUGCGUCCGUAUCGCAAAUUGAGAUACCACAACAUUGCUUGCUUCAGCUUACACAGGAUCAGAUGCGUUGGUCGGAAAAUGGCGAGAUUGUGCGAAAACAGGCCAUUCAUGAGAUACCAUGUUUGGGAGAUGAGGACAAUAAAUUAGCUAUUCAAGACUUACUCUCUGUUGGCGCAUUAAUUCGACACGGUGGUGAUGGAGAUCAGACAGUUCUUCGCGCUGAGGAUGCCCUCAUUAGAGUCGCAGAGUCGGUGUUGAAUGAAGAACAGCUUGAAUGGUGGCGAAAACUCAUCGCCUCAUUUCUUUUCCAUUCCUUUCCUCGCGGGAGUCGUUUGGCACGGAUCUUUUCAGACAUUGUACCAAUUUAUGGCCCUUUAAUCUCGGCUGUCUCCAGUUUUUUCGAACCAUGCGCUGAGCUUAUUGCCGUCUUACUGGUCGCCUUCCCGUUCUUCUCAGACUCCUUCUCUCAUCAGUGGAGUCAGUAUAUUCACUCAUAUCUUGCUCGAGCCGAGCCAAGCUAUCUCAAUUUCUGGGCAGCACGUAUCGGCGCUCUUGGCUAUAGUAGGACCGAUGAGACACUCUAUUACAUCCAAACAAUAUUGCAAAGGGUCAAGCUAUCUCCAAGGGCGAACGCACAAUAUGGACGAUGCCUAGCAGCUAUUACUACUAAAAACUUGCGCGAGUACGGUUCCGCCGACUUAUCGAUUUUGACACUGUGGAGUCCAGUGUGCCAGGACUCGCCAUCUUCAUUAGAGGAUAUUGCGCGCGCAGAAACCACACUUGUCAGAUCCAUGGCAGAACGAUAUCAGGGUUCGAUUAGUCAAUCGACUUUGUCAGCUCUGCUCUCAAUAGACCCUAGCCGAUACAACGGUAGUAUCGCAAGAAAAUUAUUAUACGAACAGUGCGAUACCCUUAUUUCACAGCAGAGCUUCGAAGCCGCAAUGGUCAAAAGAAGGGAGAUACCAACCCUCGCCGGUUAUUCAGCUAUGAAUAUUUUAAAUCGUUUGCCCUUCAAACAGUCUAAGCUUUCGGCCGCGAGGGCAAUAUCACCUAAAGAGCGAACCUCGCUCUGGCUCGAUGCUCUUGGCAUCUCGGGUUGUUUGCAUAGCACCAAGUACAUACAUGUUGCAGGCACAAAAGGUAAGGGGACGACUUGUCUCUUUACCGAAAGCAUUCUCCGAGCUUACGCGGAUUCCAUCAACCGCCCACUGAAGAUUUUGUGUACGACUUCUCCACAUAUUUCUAAUAUUACUGAGCGUAUCCGAAUAAACUCUGAGCCUGUCUCAACUGCUUGCUUUAGCAUGUACACGCAGAGGUUGUGGGCGGAAAUGCAGAAACAUCUUGAUACUACAAGUCAUCCACCCUUGCCCGGAUACCCAGGAUUUCUCACCUUGUUAAGUUUCUAUAUUAUAUGGCAUGAGAAAGUCGAUAUCGCAGUGAUAGAGACAGGCAUUGGCGGGGAAACGGACUCUACAAAUGUGAUUCCACGUCCUUGCGCUGUCGGUGUGACUACACUUGACUUCGACCAUGUUGAAAUUCUUGGCAAUACUAUUAGCAGUAUUGCCUGGCACAAAAGCGGUAUUUUCAAACCAGGCUCGCGAGCUUUCUCUGUUCCCCAGCAGCCUGAAGCUGAGUUGGUAUUGCACGAAAGGAGCCAUGAAAGGGCUUGUGAGCUGACAAUUGUGUCCGAAGCCACCCCAAAAGAGCUUGGUGUUUCUGUGUAUCCCAAUAUGUCCUACCAAAGGCUUAACGCGUCGCUAGCCAUUCAUUUGGCAUUAUCAGUAAUUAAACUUGAAGACCCGGACUUUACAAUGACUAAACAAAUCGCCCAGGCUGUCAGAAAUGCAAAACUUAUCGGAAGAAAUGAGGUUCUUGGCACGGCUAAGAAUAUAUGGCUUAUUAAUAUUGCUCAUAAUGAGUUAAGUAUUAGGGAAGCAAGUGAAUGGCUGAAGAAUACACUCCUUCAACCUAGGCAUGAAGGAGCGCCAGUCGUGUUGAUAUUCGGGCAUCAUUCUCGCCGAGACUCAAGACGAAUGUUGCGAAUAAUUUAUGAGUCAUUAUUUGAGGAUCGCUCUCGCACUCCUGCCGCCAUUGUACUCUGCACGGAUGCAAGUGGGCUGGAUGAUACAAAACCUGAUCUCAUUGAUUAUCGUCGAGACCUUGAGGCCGAGAAUAAAUCAAUGUUAGAUCAUGCUGCUUUUUUUAGGGAUCUGGGAUUUGAAAAAUUGUUACAUGCAUUUAUAACAGUGCGAAAUGCUAUAGACUUUGUUGAGGGUACUUUUCAAGAAGCCAGGGUGCUGGUAUUGGGAAGUGUCUAUCUUGUUGGAGCAGCGAGAUACAUUAUUCUGGCAAAAGAGCAUCUGAACGGUUGUACUUUAGGUUCAAACUAG